CUCGACCCGGAGAAGGUGUCGCCGACCUUCAGGCUGUGGCUCAGCUCGAUGCCGGCCCCGCACUUCCCGGUGAGCGUGCUGCAGAACGGCAUGAAGAUGACAGUGGAGCCGCCGAAGGGCCUGAAGUCCAACCUGCUCCGCGCCUACCUCUCCUUCGAGGACGGGGGGGGCGGAGCGGCAGACGUGGAGGGGGGGCCCGGUCCCGUCACAGGGCGCAGGCGCGGCCUGCACGUGGCCCCCCUGAUAAUGCCGAAGAAGCGACCGCCCGAUUGGGCUGCAACGGAGGCUCAGCGCCCCGACCCCAAGUCAGGCUGGAACGACCUUGCACAGGGAAGCGCCGGAGAACCUCAGCCAGUGCUGGUCGCUGCCAUCUUCACGCAGAACGUGACCAGGGAGGCGGUCGGUGUUGGCAUUAACGAUUUCGGGCGCAUCGGGCGCCAGGUGGCCCGCAUCGUCAUGAAGGACCCAGAGACGGAGCUGAAGCUGGCGAGCGCGAGCUACGAUGCGGAGUAUCUCGCGUACCAAAUGAAGUACGACGGCACUGUCGAGGUCGACGGGGGUUCCUUGGUGAUCGACGGCCACAAGGUGGCGCUGUCGCACACCCGUGAUCCGACAGCGAUCCCCUGCAAGGAGCACGGUGCGGACUACGUCCGCGAGUCCACCUGCGUGUUCCUGUCGGAUGAGAAGAUCCAGCCGCACCUCAAGGCGGGCGCGAAGAAGGUCGUGUUCUCGGCCCCGGCUAAGAACGACAGCCACACCAUAGUGAUGGGCGUGCACCAGGACACCUACAAGAGUGACAUGGAGUGCGUCUCGGGCACGUCGUGCACCACCAACGGCCUCGCCCCCACGGUGAAGGCUGUCAACGACGCGUUCGACAUCAAGCGGGGCCUGAUGACCACCAUCCACGCCAUGACCGCGGCUCAGCCAACCGUGGACGGGGCGUCGAAAAUGGACUGGCAUGGUGGCGGGCAGCUCACCGGCAUGGCUGUCCGCGUACCCACCAUCGACGUGACGGCGACGACCUACGAGGAGCUCUGCGCCGAGAUCAAGAGGCGUUCGGAGGGCGACAUGACGGGGUUCCCAGGCUACUGCGACGAGGCCCUCGUGUCCACCGACUUCGAGACGUGCCCCAUCUCCAGCACGUUUGAUUCCAAGGCGGGCAUCAUGCUGGACCCCACGUUCGUGAAGCUCGUGGCCUGGUACGACAACGAGUGGGGCUACUCGUGCCGUGUCGUUGACCUGAUCAAGCCACAGUGGCAUCGCCGACCGUCGACGACAGAGUGGCGUCCCCUCCCGCUCCUCCUCUUUUUCCUUGGAUUGUGCGGCUUUCGGCUGCGUCUCCCCCUCCUCCUCCUCCUCUUUGCUCAGUCGGCGUUCCGCAUCGCUCGGAUUCCCCCCAACGCUGCCCACCUGGCACUGCGGCUCUCGGCUGCGCCCCCACAUGGAGUCUGA